UACAGAAAUUGUAGCUCGGUUUUGCGGGGAAGAUAGCAUCUAGAUUUCGUUGAUGUAGUGAAUGAAAAUGUACACUAUGCUUGACAUGAGGUAGUUCCAGUUUCUGAUUUUUCCGUAUACAGCAAUAAAAACCUGUAAGAUCAUUGUUUCCUUGUCCAGAACAAGACAGGAUAAAGCUUUUCUGAAAACAAGAUACGCAUUUCUGUACUAUUCUCCCGGCGAGUUGAAGAGUCGACACUUUUGUUUCGUCAGUGGAGCACGCUAAAAGAAGAAGGCCGCACGUUCGAGAAACAACAACGAAAACCGUCCCGAAAACAAGCCUGGGAUUGCGUUUUUAGGUCGUGACCACAUUCUACUACCAGCGAGCACAGCAUCACUAUCACCAGUUACACCACCAGCACCUCGAGAGGGAGGUAGGAAACACGCGGCACUUCUCGUCCACUAGUAUAUACUCGUCCCUCCAGAACUUCUUCUACAUCCUCAUCAUCCAUCAUGCCGCCGAAAAAGUCGUCUCCCCGGCGCGGAAAGGCCAAGUCCGACGCGAGUUCAGACCAAGGCACCGUUUCCUACGAAGAUGACGGUGCGAUCCCGGAAACGCAAUGCAGAUCUACCCAAGUGGUUUUUGAAAUCCUUCCUACCUUAUCGCCCUUCGAACCAACGGCCAGGGAGAGUUUGCUGCGGAUGCAAGAGAAGUGCGACCAGGAGACGCUAAAUCUUUACGAUAUGAGUACAGGAAAAAUUUAUUGCUGUUUUGUCUUUGUCAUGCAUAGAAACGUGUGGGACGAAAGCGAAACGAUAAUGAAUGUGGUCGAGGAAAAGGAUACUCGACAUGUUGAAGGUCGUGAUGUCCUUUCACUUCUAAAAGCGAAGAUCAAGAUUGGCGUUGAAAUAGAUGAAGUGAUAGACUGACAUCCUUUUUCUGUCAGGUGCCGGCAAGUCCGCCUCUGUCGGUGAGCUGGAGAAGGACCAGCAGGACGCCAUAAUGGAAGACUUGAAAUCCUACACCUCGGAGAAGAAGCGGGUACCCCUUUGGAUGCGCGACAUAAAUCGCAGCGUGUUCGAAACCCUCAUCGACUACGAGAAGACGAAGGACACGUACUAUAGGUUUUUGCAUUUUAAUGUAGAAGUAGGUGACAUUGCUGCUUCCUCUGUCAUGCCUGCAAACGCGGCACCAAGAAGGCCUAUUUUUGUCAUGCGUAGUCACCUUCUGUUACUCAUCUUCAACAAUGUGUCGCGAAAUGACAAACACGCACCACAGGUACAAAAAGGAAGUGAUCUACGGCCUGAACGGGCAGCCCAAAUGCACCGAGCGCGAUGACGUGCUGAUAAUACGACCCACGAGUUUGCCCGAGGAGGCGGGAUAUCAAGAGCAAAUAUGUCUGGGUCUGGAAGAGUGUAACUUGUCACGCUACAUCUGGAUCGCGAAAAAAUUUGUGUUGCAAGAUUACCAAAAGUAGUUGUCCGCUCCUUUGAAACAAGUUUACAGGCAGUUUCUCACUCAGGAAGGGCAUGAUGGAGAUCUUCUCACAGAAUCUGUCAUGCUAGGCCAUGCAUGCCAGACCGCGUGGGUCAUGGAAAACCUGCAUGACAAAGCUAGCGAUCUUCCAGAUCCAGACAUUUUUGCAUUUGAUACGGGACACUCGAAGAUCCAGACACCCGGGGACUACCAGCUGUACAACGGCAUGAGCAAGAACGCGCUGAUAUCAGACAGGCUAGAGCGGUUUGGAAAGACGUUUGAUACGAUCAGGUACUUAUGUGGAGGUGGAUAGAGAUUUGAACGGAAGAACGAUGAAAAAUUUGUAAUGCGUACAGCACAACGACAACAUUAAACUGUCAUGCUUCUAAACUACAACCGUGCAACAUGAUAACAUCAUCUCUAUCCAACUACACUCCAGGUACGACAUCAAGCGCGAAGUCCGGUUUCGCACGAUGGAGGAGAAGCGCGAGGAUUACCGGAGGCACGAGCUGCGGCCCAGUCUCGUGGACGGGCAGAGCCACGCGAAGGAAUUUGCGCACGAGGUGCUGGACCAGAUGAAGCCGGGUUCGAAGCCCGGCACGGCCACGGCGGAACAGAAAAAAGUCCAGCUGGAGGCGGACGCGGUGACCACCGUGCCGUUUACGCAAGCGUAUUUAGAUGGACUGGUCACUUUGAAAGACAAAAUCCAGGUCGGGGCGGCGGAUAGGUGAUGAUAGAAGUAGAUGGGGUAACUCUACUUGUGGUCGUGGAGGUGUGCAUGAUGGGAGUGAAUGCUUCUGAUUGACCUUAAUAGCGAGGACUCGUCUUCUGGUCACGAGAAGGAGUAAUGUGCCCUACACAUCAUAUAUCGACGCUCGGGCAGAAGCAUCUUGCGCAGAAAGUGUCGGACUGCUGCAGCAAAAGAUACACAGGCUGCACGUAAGGUAGAAGAUGUUGUGACC